AGUUGCCAAAGUGUUGCGUUGCGCGUGCUAUUCGUUUCUGGGUAGCGUACGUGUGAGGUUUCAUGCGGCACCGGCGUCUACGCAUGCGUUGUAAAAACCGGUCAGUUUUGUGCUCAACGUUCUUCGAAAACGGUAACAAAAGCGUGUUACAUCUUCUUCAUUAGGUAUUGCUACCCAACCCGAGAAAUACACUGAAACACAACUUCAUUAAUUCUACAUCUAAUAAUCAGUUUGGUACGAGAGCAGAAAUUGAAGACAGAAUAAUAUCGAGUUGAGGAAUAUCAAAACCGAAAGCAUAAAGUAGAGAUGUCUGCGUCAGAAGUGGAUCACGAGAAAAGGAAACAGAUCUCUGUGCGGGGAAUUGUAGACGUUGAAAAUGUCGCGAAUUUCAAGAAAACAUUCAACAGGCAUCUUCAUUAUACGCUUGUAAAAGAUCGUAAUGUGGCAACAAGCAGGGACUACUUUUUCGCGUUGGCACACAGCGUCAAGGACAACUUGGUAUCUAGAUGGAUACGUACUCAACAGUACUAUUAUGAAAAGGAUCCUAAGAGAGUUUAUUAUCUCUCCUUGGAAUAUUAUAUGGGAAGAACCCUUCAAAAUACUAUGAUCAACUUAGGCAUUCAAGGUGCUUGUGACGAAGCAAUGUACCAGAUGGGCUUAGACAUUGAAGAACUAGAAGAACUCGAAGAAGAUGCAGGUCUAGGAAAUGGUGGUUUGGGAAGACUUGCAGCUUGUUUCCUAGACAGCAUGGCCACUCUUGGCUUAGCAGCAUAUGGAUAUGGUAUUCGAUACGAAUAUGGAAUAUUUGCUCAGAAAAUAAAAAGCGGGGAACAAGUAGAAGAACCCGAUGAUUGGUUGAGGUAUGGAAAUCCAUGGGAAAAAGCAAGACCAGAGUUCAUGCUUCCUGUGAACUUUUAUGGACAAGUUAUUGAUACUCCUGAAGGGAAGAAAUGGGUGAACACACAGGUUGUGUUUGCAAUGCCGUAUGAUAAUCCAGUUCCUGGAUAUAAAAAUAAUGUAGUAAAUACUCUUAGAUUGUGGUCUGCUAAGUCACCAGUGGAAUUCAAUCUACAAUUCUUCAAUAACGGUGAUUACAUCCAAGCCGUGAUCGAUCGGAAUUUGGCGGAAAACAUUUCCAGAGUAUUAUAUCCAAAUGACAAUUUCUUUGAGGGAAAGGAGUUACGUCUGAAGCAGGAAUACUUUAUGGUGGCCGCGACUCUUCAAGAUAUAAUUCGAAGGUAUAAAGCCAGCAAAUUUGGUUCGAAAGAACACCAUCGUACAGAUUUCGAUAUGUUUCCCGAUAAAGUCGCCAUCCAGCUGAACGAUACUCAUCCUUCCUUGGCCAUUCCUGAGUUGAUGCGAAUUCUUAUCGAUGUCGAAGGUCUUCCAUGGGAAAAGGCUUGGGACAUCACGACCAAAACUUGUGCCUAUACCAAUCACACGGUACUUCCAGAGGCCCUUGAAAGAUGGCCGACAAACAUGUUGGAAAGCAUCCUGCCUCGACAUUUGCAAAUAAUAUACCACAUAAACUUUCUUCAUUUGCAACAAGUUUCUGCCAAGUACCCGGGUGACUUAGAUCGCCUUCGUCGCAUGUCUUUAAUCGAAGAAGAGGGCGAGAAGAGAGUUAAUAUGGCGCAUUUAUCCAUUGUUGGUAGUCACGCUAUUAAUGGCGUUGCAGCAAUACAUUCAGAAAUCUUGAAAAACGGCGUUUUCAAAGAUUUCUAUGAAAUGUCGCCUGAAAAGUUCCAGAAUAAGACCAAUGGUAUUACACCAAGAAGAUGGCUUCUUCUGUGUAAUCCAAAUCUCUCCGAUAUUAUCGAAGAAAAAAUUGGCGACGAAUGGACGGUGCAUCUGGAACAGCUUAUACAACUAAAGCAAUGGGCGAAGGACCCAGUCUUUCAGCGCAGUGUCAUGAAAGUGAAACAAGAAAAUAAAUUGAAAGUAACGCAAUUACUUGAAAAGGAUUAUGGUGUUAAAGUAAAUCCUGCCUCUAUCUUUGAUAUUCAGGUGAAGCGAAUACAUGAGUAUAAGAGACAACUUUUGAAUUGCUUGCACGUGAUCACACUUUACAAUAGAAUAAAGAAGGAUCCGUCCGCGCCAUUCACUCCUCGUACUGUCAUGAUUGGAGGAAAAGCAGCUCCGGGCUAUCAUUUGGCCAAAAAAAUUAUUAAGUUAAUCUGCAGUGUAGGAAACGUUAUAAAUAAUGAUCCGAUUGUCGGUGACAAAUUAAAACUGAUCUACUUGGAGAAUUACCGGGUCACUUUAGCCGAGAAGAUUAUUCCAGCUGCGGAUUUGAGUGAGCAAAUUUCAACCGCUGGUACUGAAGCAUCCGGUACAGGAAACAUGAAGUUUAUGUUAAAUGGAGCUUUAACGAUCGGUACAUUGGAUGGUGCCAACGUCGAAAUGGCUGAAGAGAUGGGCAAUGAUAAUAUAUUCAUCUUCGGUAUGACGGUUGAGGAAGUAGAAGGGUUACAGAAGAAGGGGUACAAUGCGCACGAUUAUUAUAACAGAAUUCCAGAAUUGAAACAAUGCAUUGAUCAAAUCCAGGGUGGCUUCUUUAGUCCCAAUAAUCCAGAUGAGUUCAAAGACAUCACAAAUGUUCUACUUAAUUGGGAUAGGUUCUAUUUGUUUGCUGAUUAUGAGAGCUAUAUCCGCAUGCAAGAUCAUGUCGGCAGAGUUUAUCAGGAUGAAAGCAAAUGGGUCGAAAUGGCAAUUCACAACAUUGCUUCGUCAGGAAAAUUCUCAUCGGAUCGCACCAUCGCGGAAUAUGCUCGCGAAAUUUGGGGUGUCGAACCCUCCUGGCAACGGCUUCCUGCACCUCACGAACCACGAGAUAUAUAAAUUAUACAUUUCUUUGGCUAAUUUACGUUUUCGCUUAUAAUGCUCACAAUUAAUAGUCGUCGUUAUUA